CAAACAAAAUAGUCAAACUCUGCGGAGAGGAGCUUCAUUCCCACUUCACAGGUUCACGCACAUGAGCCGUUUAAUCUGCUUUAUUCGCUCAUCGUGAAAACACGCGUCGGUCAAGCAAAAAAGUUUGAAGAUUUAUAGUUUCUUGGAACAAAAGUUACACACGCACAAACAAUGUUGCACGCCGGUGUUGCAGCGUUACUCUGUGUUGUUCUGAACGUGUGCGCUGCUGUGAUUUGUCCUGAUGGAGGAGUAUGUGCGGAUGGAAACACCUGCUGCCAGAUGCCGUCAGGAGGGUACGGAUGCUGCCCGCUGCCCAAUGCCGAAUGCUGUUCAGACCACUUGCAUUGCUGUUUCGAGGGCACUCUGUGUGACCUAGAACAUUCCAAGUGUGUAAACAGGACGCAUGUUUUAGACUGGGUGGAAAAAGUUGCCACAAAGCAGGAGGCCGUGGUUUGUCCCGAUCAGGAGUCUGAGUGUCCCGAUGACACCACCUGCUGUCAGAUGCCUGAUGGGAACUGGGGCUGCUGUCCUAUGAAAAAUGCCGUGUGCUGUGAAGAUAAGCAGCACUGUUGUCCUCGGGGAACCACAUGUGACCUCAAGCAUUCCAAGUGUGUGUCACCCACCUACGGUCCCAACCCCCUCUGGAAAAAGUUUGCUGCCCAUCGCAGGAAGGCGUCGGUGAAGAAAGCAGUAGAUUCACCUGCAGAGCCCAGAGAUGUUAAAGAUGUGAUCUGUCCAGACCAGGUUUCCAGUUGUCCAGAUGAUACAACGUGCUGUCAACUGGGCAACGGCUCUUAUGGAUGCUGCCCAAUGCCAAAGGCUGUGUGUUGUUCCGAUCAUCUGCACUGCUGCCCAGAGGGCACCACCUGUGACCUCACCCACAACAAGUGUUUGUCCCCCAAUGGCAUCACUGCAAUGGCCACUAAGAUUCCAGCCUUCACUUCCCUGAAGUCCCGAGAAAACGUUCCCUGUAAUGAAACGGUAGCGUGUGCGAGUGGCACUACCUGCUGUAAAACACAAGAGGGCAUCUGGGGAUGCUGCCCAUUACCAAAGGCUGUGUGUUGUGAAGAUCAUGCCCACUGCUGCCCGUACAACACUGUGUGUAACCUCGCUGAAGGCACCUGUGAUGACCCUGACAACCCGUCUGUGUCUGUACCCUUGGUGGUGAAGGUGCCCACAUUUCCCAUCGUGCCACAGUCGCCCAAUCAGAAAUGCGACGAGACGUCAACUUGCUCUGGCGAUGCCACCUGCUGCAGACUGGCAUCGGGCGCGUGGGGGUGCUGCCCACUGCCACAAGCUGUGUGUUGUGAGGACCAUCUCCACUGUUGUCCCAGCGGUUCUGUGUGUAAUCUGGCUGCCAGCACCUGUGACGGUGCCAGCGAUGAGGGUGCCCGUUUCUCUGUGCCUUUGGUGAGAAAGAUCACCGCCGUGACUCCGCCAUCCCAGAACCAAAACUGUGAUGAGACGUCUGUCUGUCCAUCCGGGACCACCUGCUGUAUACUGAAAUCGGGAGUGUGGGGCUGCUGUCCUCUGCCACAGGCCGUGUGCUGUGCCGACGGUGAGCACUGCUGUCCGCAGGGCUACAAGUGUGAUGUGACUCUCAAUACCUGUGUCCAAUCUGGGCUUCCGAGCAUGCCCUGGUUCAGGAAGCAACUAGCAUCGAGCGUGACCCAGCAGCCCGACGCUAGCGUUCCAGAGCACAGACACGUGUGUGACGCUCACACCAGCUGUCCAAGAGAUGACACCUGCUGCUAUAUGAGCAAACUGGGAAAGUGGGGAUGCUGUCCACUGCCAGAGGCGGUAUGUUGUAAGGACGGAAUGCACUGUUGUCCCAGUGGUUAUAAGUGUGAUGAACAGAAAACCACCUGCGCUAAAGCCUACCACCAGAUCCCCUGGUUUAAAAAACAGGAGGCCAAGGUCACUCGGGGCUCGGCAGUGUUGCUUGGAGACAGAGAUGUAAAAUGUGAUUCCGCUACCAGUUGUGCGUCAGGAUCAACCUGUUGUAAAUUACCCACAGGGGAGUGGGCCUGCUGUCCUCUUAUCAAGGCCGUGUGUUGUGAGGACCACGAGCACUGCUGUCCACAGGGAUACACCUGCAACCUGGAGUCUGCGACCUGUAUCAAAUCCUCGAGUGCUCACAGCGUCUCGCUCACAAAAAUACAAGCACCCUCAGAGGAAGAAGUGUUGUGUGACUCGUCAUCACGCUGCUCAAACACACAGACCUGCUGUAGACUAUCAGACUCCACGUGGGCCUGCUGUCCAUAUAAAGAGGCGGUGUGCUGUAAAGACAUGAAGCACUGCUGUCCUAAAGGACACAAAUGUGACCCGGAUGUGAAAGGUUGCACUAAAGAGUCCAUGUACAACUGGUGGGCAAAUUCAUUUUAAGUGAAUGUGGUGUGUAUAAAAGCACAGCAUCCCCUGAUUUUAUACUGACGCUGACCAUUAUGUACUCAUAAAAACAGGCUACACCUUAUAUACAGAAUGUUAUUUUAAGGCAUAUUGCAGGAAAGUGGAUUGUGCAUUAAGUGUUUUGAAAUAUUUCGUUUUUAAUGGAAUCUAAAUUUGAAGACAUUUUUAUUAGAUCACACAAUCAAGACGAUAUGUGAAUUUGUCCGUUAGACUGUCCACCUCGAAUGAAUUCCGGACUAGAAUCAAUUUAGGCAGAAUUUAUUAUUUCUCUAAUUUUAGUCCCGCUGUCAGAGGUUGGAAAAAUAUUCUCAAAAAUAGGAUCCAGGUAAAUGAUGCCUUUUAUUUCUGGAUGUUGAUUUAUUUUAAUAUGUUAGGAAUGCAUUUGGACAUGUUGCUGUCCGACCUGUUUAAACCGUCACAUCACUCACCAAGAAUCUAAAAUCAGACACCGCGGUUAAUGAGAAAAGCUGCUGAAUACAUCACCAGUUAACAUCGUGUCAGUCACGACUGCACUUGAGCCGUGGCCAGAUGUAAAGUGGUCAACAGUUUUACUCCGUCACAAGUCUCACAUGAGAAAAAACAGUUUAUUCUAGUAAACUGUAGUAUACUAACAGUACUUUAUAGUAAUGAUUGUUUAAUAUACAAUACUGUAGUAUUAACUAUAGGAAAUGGAAAAUCAUUUAAAAUAAUAUAUCUUAAAGUUAGUUUCAGAAGCACUAUAGGAUCUCGUUAUUUUACUACAGUUUACUAGAGUAAAUAAUGUAGUUUAUAAUAUAUGUGGGUUUAAGAAUUGUAUUCCUGGUUAAAGCCUUUGGUAGAUUUCACAUGUUUUAAGAAGAAAAUGGUCUUAAUGCUUUUCAAAGUUUUCUCAAUGUUUAUUGGGAAGUACACAUGUCAUUCUCUAUCAUUACUACAUCUGUUUGCUUUGAUUAUUUUUAAAGAUCUUUUUCAGUGUUUAUUUAUGAAAUGAAUAAGUCCAAUUGUUGACCUGUGAUGUCAUAAAUUCAAAACGAUUGUUCUUCCAGAUUUUUUCUUCUAUUCUGUUGAAGUGAACUUUGGUUGUUUUAGGUUAUAGUUAAACAGAUGAAAACGCUGAAAUAAAUACUUUUAAAAUAGA